AGAAAAUAUAGCUCGCUUCUCUAAUUUAUUUUAUAUACUUAUUUGAUGUAUUACCAGCAGUAAUAGUAGUGCUAUUUACAUAAUUCCAAUGACUUUAAAGAACAUUGCUAGAUUAAGAAAGUAAUGGUUGAUUGUUACCGUGCUGAGCAAGCGGCACGAUGGCAAGGCGAAAGAAAGCAGCAGCGAAGCCCGCGACGCGGAAGAUGCCUCGGCGGGGAAAGGCGGCGGCCGCGGCCGCGACCGUGGAAGGCGAGUCGUCUGCCGCCGUCGAACCUCCUCCUGAAAAGCCCACCGAGCUAGAGCCGCCCGUAGAACCGACGCCCGCCACAGACUCUCAACCAUCUGUCUCCCAAGACUCCCAAACUAAUCAGACACCAAAACCGACAGUACCCACUGUAGUACUUCAUAAGAAAUUCGGCAAAUAUAGAUGCCUUUUCAAUAACGAGGAUUCAUUUACUAGAAAAUAUGACUUGGGAAGUGAUAGUGAAACUAAUAGUAGUGUAGAAAUCAGGGUUGUUGACCCCUGUGCUAGCUCAGAAUCUGAUUCAAAUGCAGCAGCAGAUACACAGUCAGAAAACUGUAGUGUAGUGACUAAUUUUAGUUCUUUGAACAAUGUCAAGCACCUGAAUGACACAAAUACCAUGUCAGAAACAACAACAAAUGCUGUGCUUCCAUUAGUGAAUGAAAUACCAAUGCCAAGUGAAGCCCUUUUGACUGAACUACCUCCAACAUCUGAAAUACCUCUACCAGUUGAACCACCUAAAGCUUCCAUAGAACCUGUGCUAUGUAAGACAUCUGAGCAUAGUCAAAUCCCAUUGUUAUCUGAAUCAACAUCAAUGGGGGGAAAUGAAAACUUACUAGUUGGUAUUACAUUGCCAUCUGAAAUCCCCUUACCAGUAGGAGCUCCAACUUCUUCAGAGCAACCUUUUGAAAUUGAAGCAUCUUUAACCUCCGAAAUACCGUUUCCUGCAGAGCCGGCUCAACCUAGCAUACCAUACCCUUCAGAUGCAAUACCAGGCUUGUCAUUGGCCACAGGAGUUGCUUUACCAGUUGGUAUUCCACUUUUAAAUGAUAUACCAAUGCCUGAAGCACCAGCAACUGAAAUCAGUAUGAAUCAUGUACCUGAAGCAGCUACAGCAGAAACAAAGUCAGAAGUUACAUGUAAUCCACCGGCUGAAUACUCAAAUACGGUAAAAGAGAAUAUGAACCCAGACAUUCCAAGUGAACAGGAACCAAUGGAGUAUGGAGGGGAUGAAGAAGAGCUCAUUACUAUUGUUCAGAUAGUUGAAGAUGACAACCAAGAGCUUUACUAUAAUAUCAAUAUGGAUAGCCCAGAUGAAACAACAGAAAAGAAAGAACAGGAUGGAGAGUUUCAAAAACACUUUGAGAAACUUAACAUAACUGCUCCAAGUGCUGGAUCUAUGGAUGGUUCUCAACCUGGACCUAAAGUACAAAUGCCUGAGCUGUUAUCUAGGCCAGACCCAAGUUUGACACCUAGCUCCAUUGUAUCUGAUGACAGUAACUCUUCAAGAGUUGUUGAAACAGUUGCAAAUGCAACUGACUCCAUAGAAUCUUCCCCUACGGGAGUUAGACGUUCAAGUAGAAUAAAGACUAUUAGUAGCCAAAAACAAAAAUCAAAAGGCUAUGGUUUAGUGAAGACUCCAUUAAAGAAAGCUUUGAUUACACAAACAAAACUUAAGCUUGAAGAGAACAACUCAGAUAGUCAAGAAAAAUCAGGAGAUACAGCAAGUAGCAUUGCUCCUAAUUCUCCUUCCUUCCCAGUGCCUUCAGACCUACCCGUCAAAGUCAAAUCAAGAUGGCGUCGGUCUAGUGAGCUAGAAAUGGGUGCUAAUUCUCCAGCAAACUCACCGCUGGCUAGCCCCAGUUUACCACAGCGGUUGCAACCAGUACCUGAAGCUCAAAACCCAGAAGACCAAACACUGACAUUAAGUAAAGAAGCAUAUGACAAAAUUAUAGAUGAGAGAAUGAGACAAUUUCAGCACUUGGAUGAGAAUGAGUAUUUGUGUGAACGAAUGAUCAGUAAGGAUACAAAGAAGAUGAUUUGUGACUGUUUUAUGACCAAAGAGGAGAUUGAGAGGGGAGAACUAGGCUGUGGAGAAGACUGUCUAAAUAGACUGCUUAUGAUUGAAUGUAACUCCCGAUGUCCUGUGGGUGACCGUUGUACAAACAGAAGGUUCGAGAGGCGAGAGAAUGGUGCGCUGAAAGUGUUCUAUGCGGACAAGAAAGGUUGCGGUGUGGAAGCCGCUGAUGACAUUCCAGCAGGCGAAUUCCUCAUGGAAUAUGUAGGCGAAGUGUUAGACUACGACCAAUUCUACAAGCGCGCACAGACCUAUUCUGACGAGAACAACCUUCACCACUACUUCAUGUCUUUAAAAGGCGACACGGUUAUCGACGCGACCAUGAAAGGCAACAUAUCCCGCUUUAUCAAUCACUCCUGCGACCCGAACGCUGAAACGCAGAAGUGGACGGUGAACGGAGAGCUCAGAAUAGGGUUCUUCAGUAAGAGAGAUAUCGCUGUUGGGGAGGAGAUCACGUUUGAUUACCAAUUCAAACGGUUUGGAAAAGAGGCGCAGCGCUGCUACUGCGGGGCCGAUGCUUGCCGCGGCUGGAUCGGUGCCGAACCCGACUCCGAUGACGAAGAUGAAGAGGAGGAGGAAGACGACGUGUCGACGACGAAGGUUCCGGCGGCCGUGUCCGUGGAGGCGCCGGCGGCCGCGGAGGCGCCGCGCGCGCGCCCGCGCCGGCCCCGCGACCGCCAGUACAAGCCCAAGGUCGACCUCGUGCAGGACGCCGACAUUGAAGAAGACCUGGAAGCGUUACACCGCACCGGGGUGAAGAACCAGAGCCACACGCUGCGCCUGUCGCGUACAGUCGUCCGCGCAAAAACGCGCCGCGCGCAGGUCGCUCUACUGCGGCUCCUGCGCGACGCCGACCUGCCGUGUCGCCGCCUGUUCCUCGACUACCGCGGCCUGAGGCUGCUGGCGCCCUGGUGCACCGACGCUCCCAUGGACUUCCGACUCGAGAUGCUACAGACGGUGGACCGUCUGCCCAUAACGAACAAGACCAUGGUGUCCGAGAGUCGAUUCUUCACCAUCGUCGAGCGGUGGCUUAGCGACACGCCCACUCCUGACGUCUUCAUCGAUGAAUCCACUGGUUUGCCAGUAGAACUGUCGAACAAGCCACAAGAUGAGAAUACAGACGUCAGUUCAGUCUUGGAGAAAGUCAAAGAUCUAUCUAGCCAACUACUAGAAAGAUGGUCUAGUCUAAAGGAGGCCUUCAAAAUCCCCAAAAAGGAGCGCAUCCAACAAAUGAAAGAGCACGAGCGUCAAGCCAACGUGGAGCGGCGCGCCGCAGACUCGAGCGGCUCCCGCGACCGCGAGCGGCGCGACGAGCGGGAACGCGAACGCGAUAGAGAGCGCGACCGGGACCGCGAGCGGGAGCGAGAGAGGGAGAGAGAUAGGUAUCGGGAACGAGAGCGUGAUAGAGACAGGGACAGAGAUGAACGGGACAGAAGAAAAAGAAGAAGCAGCCCUGAAGCCAGGAGAAGUAUAAGGAGCAGUCGGGUCCUAGCCACAGUGCCGCCUAUGAGCAAAGAGGAGCGGCGACGAGCAUUUGCCGAAGCGGCUGCCGCGGCCGAAGAUUCUCGAAGACAACGGGAACAACACUAUGCUCACUACUGGCCCGAGCAAGCCUUCCCUCAGAUGUUCCCACCGGGAAUGAUGGGCGGGCCGCCCAACAUGCUCGGCGGCAUGCCGCCGGGAAUGCCCCCGGGCAUGGCGGGCAUGCCGCCCGGGAUGCCGGGGAUGCCCGGGAUGCCGGGGAUGAUCCCGGGCAUGCCGCCCGAUGUACCUCCUGAGUGGAUCGGGCCGACGGGCGAGUUUCAGGGCCCGCCUGGCUUUUGCCCGCCGUUCGGAGGACCGCAGCAGUUCUGCAUGCAACAAGCCAAUAUGAUGGGCAUGGGCGGUUACGGGAUGCCCGGGUUCAUGUUCGGGCAGCAGAUGCCGCCUAACGCCUUCCCGAACGCGCCGCAAGCCGACGCCAUGUUGCCACAGGUAGCGGAACAACCGCCAGGAGAAGUGAUCCUGCCUUCGCUCUGGCGGUCGGCGCAGGACCAGCGCGGGCGCACCUACUACUACCACGUCAAGCUGCGCCAGCCGCAGUGGCUGCCGCCGCCGCCGCCUGCGGCCAAUGGAGAUGAGAGUUCAUCGGAGGAGGAAGCCGAGAUGCCCGCCGAGACGCCGGCCGUGAGACGGCAAGGCAAGGUCGUCGAGGGCGUCAACGGAAUCAUUUAUGAAGUGGUAAAAGAGGGUCACAACGGGCUGAUCCCCGACCACGCGCUGGUGAGCGUCAAGCCGAGGAAGCGGCGCCCGGGGCUGGUCUCGGAGCGACCCAUCAGUCCUCGAACGGAAGAGGACAAGUUAGCAGGACGAAUGGAAGUGAAGCGUUACAAGCAAACGAAAGAAAAGCUCCGGCGGCGGCGUGAAAAGUUGUUGAAUAAGGUGCGACAGCUGGCGCAACGAUCAAGGAAACCUAACGUUGAUGAACUAAAGAUCGUGGACCUCGCCGAAACCGACUCAGAUUCCGAAGCCUCAGCCGAAGAGACCGAACCAACGCCAGUCGCAGUAGUCGAGCCUGAACCCGUACCAGUUCCUUCUCCCCCCGUCGACGCUGAAGAGGCCGCACGGAAACUCAAGGAACAGUUCCGAAGUAGCAUGGCACGGGUUAUGGUGCAUCAUCUCAACCCGUAUCGGCAUUCUGACGCUCCUGCUGGUCGAAUUACCUGCACGGCUGACUUCAAACAUCUCGCUAGGAAGCUAACCCACUUCGUGAUGCUAAAAGAACUCAAACACUGUCGGUCCGUGGACGAGCUAGUCGUCACCGACUCCGUCCGGUCCAAGGCCAAGGAGUUCGUCAAGAAGUACAUGACCAAGUUCGGCAAGGUCUACCGCCGCCCCGCCGAGGAGGCCGACUAGCGCUUGCUGCGGGGCGCCGAACCCCGCGAACAAACCUAACUACUGUAAGUUGCUACACUUGGCCGUCAAGCCACGUUAUGGCUAUAUGACUAAGUUGCGAGCGACAGAGACGCCCAACACUGGUUUACUCCUAACUACUGUCAGUUGCCUGGACCUUUGCCGUUGAACGUCACCAUGAUAUUAGUGAUUCUUGACUAUUUAGCUAAGCUGCGAUUGAGCAUCGGUGUCUAUUCAGCGUUUACUGUAAGCCUAGACUGUCGUCGAGCGUUACUAUUAUAUUGGUGACAUGUGUGUUUACUAGUGUAUUUUGAUUGUUAGUGUCUAUUCAGCAUUGUGGAAUGCAUCAUGUAGUGUCGCUGCGAAGUUACGCUAACGUAACAUUGAGUAAGAGCCCCAUGCCUACGCUUCGGAGACGGUAGUUGGGUGCGGCCCUUAGGGUGCGUGCACCAAAUCGUGUGUUACCGUGCGUUGACAAACUUGGAAAAUUUCGUAGAUCUCUGCUGCGUGACCGGGAUCAGUGUUGUGAACUGUGGUGCAACUGACCUUUAUUGUGCUCACUGGAUGUCAAGAAGUAUAUGAAGAUGUUUAGCAUGGUAUAUUCACUCUAGGCCACUAUGCUUAGAUGGCAGAUUGGCAAUGGCCGGGUACAAUCGAAUAUAAACCAGUGGUUUGUACCAGUAGAACUAUUUACAAGAUUUAUAGGCUGUCAUACUUGCUAUACAGCUUUAAUAAAAACAUACAGAUUGAUUCACAAGAGCUGGCACGAAUUGAAUGAACAAAACAUUGAUUCUAUGAGUGAAACCUGCAGGGUUAGCACAUGAUUGCCGCGAGAGUAUGUCGCCGCGAGAUAGACUACCCGUCCUUGUGUCAUAGAAGAAGACAUGUGAUCUAUCUCGCGCCGGCAUACUCUCGCGGCAAUCAUGUGCUAACCGUGCUGUAUCGAUAUAUACAGUCGUAACUGUCAAGAGCAACCAUUUUAUUAGAUAAAAUUAUCACACACAUGCAUGUUUCAUUCACUCCUUCGUUCCAUUCGGGCUAGUUCUUCUGAAUUUACCUGUAUAAUAAAGAAACCAUAAAAUGUGAAUCGACACGAGUGGUGCGGAACAAAAUUAUGCGAAAGAUGUCUGUGAAGGAAAUAUUGUGUACAUUGGUAUCUAAAGACUGCACUUAUAGAAAGAAUAUUGUUAUGCGUAUACUUACUGAUUCAAAGGUUUUAAAUAUGAUUGUUAUGUCAUGGAGGAUUAUUUUGCUAAUCUCUAAUGUGUACAGUACAGAACGAUUCACAAGAGAUGGAAUGAACAGAAGAAACGAAUGAAAAAUAUCAUAUAUGUAUUUUCACGUGAGUACCACCUCCUUAUAGGAUAUCAGGCUACUAGACUUAUCAAUAGCUAUUGUGUUUUGACUCCAUAUACUUGUAUUUAAUUUCGCGCAUCGUUCAUUUCUUUGAAGUACACGACGAUUCACGAAUGGAAUUCAUGAACGAAUUAAAUUACAUCUGUCUAACAGUCAGAGUUACCAUUUCAUUGGUUUAUCUGUUACACCCAUGUAUCCCAUUCACUCAUUCAAUUCAUUCGUAAUUAAAAGAAGUUUUGAUUCUUCAGUGGCGACUUUGUAACGCGAUUUUUGACUAAUGCUAACUUUUAGAUUCAUUAGUCAUAUUUACUCAAUUAUGGUUAGGUAAUUUAAUCAAUUAUCAUUUUUUAUUUAUUGUGGCAGCGUAUUUGGAUCUGAUUAAAAUUCAAAUCACGUCUUCUAUUUUAAAUUUACAUCGCGAAAUGAUCUUGAUGUUAGUUCCUAAUUGUGAAUAUUGAAAUCUUUUACGUCUAUAAAAAUAAUAAUAAAUAAGUAAUCCUAAUUUUGAAUUAUUUUUAUAUUCGAACGGACAGUGCAACUGUAUGAUUGUAGUCUAACAUAUUCUAACCCCUUAUUCAUAAAAAUUCACUAAAGUUAUCACUUAGAUAAAGUUCGUUUGUCCCGUUCCGACGUAUUUGUGUGAUAGAAAAGGACAAGGUCAGGCCAAAGGACUUUAACAGUGUGAUAAAUUUAGUGAACAUUUAUGAAAAAGGGGGUAAAUAUAUUGAAUGUGACUUAUGUUACUCUGAUACUAAUUAGAGUAUAACUAAUUGAUUUGAAAAUUAUUUUAAUCAAAUAUUGAUUAAUUGAUUUUGCGGACCCUGGCGCGAGGCCGGGAAAACGCUAAGUUGAAGAAGAAGAUUGAUUCAUUGAUUUUGAAAGAUCCUAUAAAUCAAUAUACUAAAACGAGCGACUGAUGUAUCUACAUGUGCACAUUCACAUGAAAUGAAGAUAUCUAGCAAAAUAGCUGAAUAUAAACAAUUAAACAUAUUAUUAGAGUUUUUUGCUUGAAUUGAUUGAAGUUUUGAGUACUUUUGAGAUACAAACAAUUAUGUUUAGGUACUCAAAAACAUAAAAUGUUAGAUGUCCUUUCAAUCCAUAUCGCAUGGGGCGUCAAAUUGUAAAUAUAAAUAUAAGUCACUCCUCAUUUUUCUAAGUGUAGUAGUAUUUAGAUAGAUUAGAUUCUAAGUAUGUCUAAUUCAUGAAAUGUUCGCAUGCGUACAUGUCAGAUUAUUCUUGUAUACGCAGUAGCGAGUCAUGUACUCUAUAUUUUGCAAUUCAAGGUAUUUAUCACGUAUCGAAAUGAUCUCUAGUUCGACUGCAAUGUCUAGAAUUAUUCAAAUAUUACAACUCGAAUAUGAGAUACCCGCAUAUAAUAUUUUCCAAGUACAUACACAGUAUUAUGAGUUUUAUGAAUGAGUUAAAAGUAGUGGCCGAAUACACAGUAAUGGAUAAUGGAUAAGAGAUUCAUAUUAUUUUAUAAUUAAUAUCUAUAUUUUCUUUUUACUAGAGAAAAAGGUGAAAAAUGUGUGACAUGUUUGAAAAAAAUCCUGAAAUUUUGGCGGAAAUGACUGAAUGUUAUAUGAAAAUGUAUUUAAGAACUGACUUGUUCCUAUCUGUAUCACCGGGAGACUCGGAAAUCUUAGUCAUUUUAGACGUUAACCAAUUAUGUGAUCGUUUUUUGUUUUCAUUAUUCUGUUUUUUUUUUCUCCGAUUUGAAAAAUUAAGUAUGCGUUAUAUGAGUAAAGUAUAUAUUUUGAGUAAAUAUGUGGAAUGAUUUCAGUAAGUUAUUUUGGGAGAAUGGUAUGAAAACACCAAAAGCGAAGAUAUGUUGGAAAAGUGGGAUUUAAUAACUUUGUACCGGUCUCUUUUGCUGCUCUUAGUCUAACCAAAAUAAUGAGUAGUUUUAAAUCAUAUAAUAUUAUGUAUAAAAGUUACAAAAACACACUAUCAUAGGAUACAAAAUGCAAAAUCGAUGUCAGCUGAAUGUAAUUCCCAUCAGGGGGGCGAUUUUUGAAUCUCACAUACGGGAUUUUGUCACUAAAAUACCGGUUGAAAACGGUGACUUGCUUAUUAUUUUCAGUGACAAUUUUCUGAAUUCGAACGCGUGAGACUCAAAAAUCGGUCCCCUGUUCUAGUAUAGAAAUGUAAAAUCCUUAGGACAGAGAUAAAAAUCAUAAAGAGAGAGAGACAUUCUUUAAAAUGACUGGGAAAUGACAGUAGAGGAGUGCUGUAAAUAUUGUAAAUAAAACACUUCAUGCUAGACGCCUGUUCAAGUUGAUAGUGACAAUUUUUAUUUUUAUCAUUAGUACGUAUCGCUUGCUGUUUUUAUCAUUUUGAUGUGGCGAUGAGAUCGAGGCCGAAUGAACAAAUAAAAAUGUUAUCUUUUAA